AUGCCAGGCGACGCGCUUCCAGUGAUGGAACUCCGCAACGUUGUGCACCAGCUGCACUGGAGCGCCAAGCUAACGCUGCUGCGGCUCUGUGCAACACUGACUCGAGUCGUGCAAUCGAAAGCGGGUACGACGGUGGAAGGACUGAGUGGCAUUUUCGGCCGCAUCCUCUUUGAACCGACAACGUGUUUCACGGCGCUAUCGGCGCAAGCCAAGGUGGUGCAGCUCUUGCUCACGCAUUCGACUCAAGUACUGGAACCGAUAUCACGCGAGGUUGUGGCUCGGCGGCAGGCAUUAACGAGAAAGCUGCGAGCGAUUCAAGCGAUUUCACAUGACUUGCGCGAGCCGCUCGUUCCGAUUACCACGCACGCGGCGUUGUGGGCGUCGCUCCAGCGAUCGUACCCUGCCGUGACCUCACCCGACCACUUGCGCGGCGGAGGCGUUCUCGCUGCCGCAUGCCUCGUCUACUUUGCCGAUGAACACGCAGAGCUCGCGACGCAGCUGAUUGCACAACGAGUGCUGGGCCAUCGAAAGCAGUACCCGCUUGUGAAUGGCCAGACAAUUGGGCGACGCGCUGGCAAUAGCAAGAAAUUCAUCACUAAGGUCAUGUUCCUUGCGGCGGUCGCGCGUCCUCGGCACGACUACGAGCGAGGGUUCAGUUUCGAGGGGAAGAUCGGGAUGUGGCACUUCGUCAGGUACUUGCCUGCUCUUCGAAACUCCCGCAACCGCCCAGCUGGCACGCUCGUGGCUACAUUGGUGAACGUUGAUGCUGCUGUGUACCGUGAAUUCGUGAUGACUCGAAUCGUACCAGCUGUCAGGGCUCGAUUCUCAAGCGCCAACAAGCGCGUGGUCCACCGGCACGACAACGCCACGCCACACGGUGCCAUCACCAACGAGGCCUUGGUGAGCGUCUCCCCUGAUGAGUAG